AAGCUACUAUGUCCGGGGUUAAAGUAUUGUUUCUUUUUUUUCUUUUUUUUUGCUUAACAUGUGGGUUCUUUGCUUGGAUGUGAAUUUGACGUGUUAAUAGUUCGCCACUUUAAAAAAAAAAAAAAAAACCCGAUAACCGCCAGCCGUUAUGGGGAAAAAAGGCAAGAAUGAAAAGAAAGUGAAAGGCGCGGAGAAGACUGCUGCCAAAAUGGAGAAAAAGGUUUCAAAAAGGUCCAAACGUGAAGAGGAAGAUUUGGAGGCUCUGAUUGCUGAAUUUCAGAGUUUGGAUGCGAAGAAGACCCAAGUUGAGGAAACAGCAUGCGCCCCUCCAUCACCAAGAUUAAGUGCAACCCUCUCCACUCAUCCAGAUAAAGAUGAGCUCAUCCUUUUUGGCGGCGAAUUCUUUAAUGGAAAGAAGGUAAAUCCAAAACACUAA